AUGAAAAUCAAGGGCAACUUCUGUACGUCACAGAAUCAUCUUCAAAUGCCCGUUCGUGAGCAAGGUUACCAAGUACCGCCGUCGUUUUGGCUCUUGUGGCUGUCGCCGCUUCUGCUCCCUCAUAGCCUGUCUACAGCUACACCCCUGAACCGAAAUACGAGGACCCUGCCAAGUACGAAUUUAACUAUACUGUUAAGGACGAAUAUUCCGGCAACGACUUCGGUCACCAGGAGGCCCGUGACGGUUACGACACACAAGGAUCCUACUACGUCCUCCUUCCCGACGGUCAUCUGCAGAAGGUCAUCUACACUGUCAACGGCGACUCCGGUUACGUAGCUGAGGUCAGUUACAAGGGUGAGGCCCAGUACCCUGAGUAUA